AUGACCUAUAUUCCACGAGCUGGUACUCUCGCACUCCCAGAGGCUUCGACGUACGGUCCAUUUUCAUCUACCAGAGAGUGGCUGGUAGCCGCUGCUAAUGGAAAGUUAUCUCCUACUUUCAGUAAUCCCCCGGACUUCGAUUACGAACAGGCACAUGAGUGGCAGGAGGCUGCGAGCACCCUGCAUGUCCUCCCGGAAAACAAAAGCGAAGUCUUCAAGAACUACUUUCCUCGUCUUAUGAUUCAGGUCGCCGCUAGCUUCUCGUUCGGACCUCAUUUACUCCCUCAGGCUAUCGAAGACUGUAUUCUCGAUUCGAUUCUCAAAGGGCAACUGUACACUGAUCAAUUAUUCAACAAGGACGUUGCCGUUGGACACAUAACUCAAACAUUGAACCUGCUUAACACGAAUCUCAUCUUUCGCUCAGUUUCGCGAUUAACAUGCAAGGAUCUUCGGAAGAUUGAACACUUUGGUCGUGAAACUUUGCUGCCUGGGCCGAUUCUUGAAGCUUGGAUGGCCAUGCGAGAAAAGGCAAUCCAAGUCAACAAAUUUGACAAAUUCUAUGCGACGUUUGGAAUACUUUCUUGUUCUAAUUAUCAUGCACACACUGUCGCACCCAGAGGUCCGACGAUGUGGAGGAUGCGAGAUAGUCUUUUAUUGUUCUGUCGAAUGUCAAAAGCAGGAUUGGAAAUAUCACCGCGAGAUUUGUCGGCUUUGUUCCCGAGCAGUAAACAAGGGAUGGGCUUCCGCUACCCAUGUCACUCCGUGACCAACUCUUCGUCAUAUUCUACGUUCGAAGUGAUAUAG